UUAUGUAAAUAGCAUAUUUAUUAAUUAUAAUUUCAUAGCAAUCAAAAUUAACUAUAUCCUGAUAAAUUGUCUUGUGAAGACAUUUUUGUGAAAAAAGAAAAGUUUAUUUAAUGAAAAGUUUUCUAUUUGUAUUUGAAAAAUGUCAUUUCAUUGCAGUACAAUAUCAACCAUAUACCAUUACCUUCCUGAUGAGACACAAAAAGAGUUGAGGAUAAUAACAAAAACGCUACUGGCACCAGGAAAGGGCAUUUUAGCAGCAGACGAAUCAGUGUCUUCGAUUGGAAGAAAGCUGAAAGACAUAAAUUUGGAAAACAGCGAGGAAAACCGCAGGAAGUACCGAAAACUGUUGUUUUCAACCGAAAACUUGGGAGAAUAUAUUUCUGGCGUCGUUUGUUUCCAUGAAACUUUAUUUCAGAAAGCAGAUGACGAAGAAACUCUUUUAAUAGAUUUACUCCGUGAAAAGAGGAUUAUACCCGGUAUUAAAGUUGACAAAGGUGUUGUUCCGUUAUAUGGAACUGAAGAUGAAUGUACAACCCAAGGCAUAGACGAUCUCGGACCUCGUUGUGAACAGUACAAAAAGAUCGGGUGUCACUUUGCCAAGUGGCGAUGUGUGUUCAAAAUCGGCCAACGUACGCCUUCUGAUCUAGCGAUUAGAGAGAACGCCAACACUAUAGCCAGGUAUGCUUCUGUUUGCCAAGCGUAUAGGAUUGUGCCCAUAAUUGAGCCUGAAAUUUUAGCAGAUGGGAAUCACACAUUAUUGCGCUGUCAAAAAGUAACAGAAAAAGUGUUGUCGGCUGUUUUUAAGGCUUUGAGUGAUCACGAUGUUUUCCUGGAAGGUUUAAUUUUGAAAACAAAUAUGAUAACUCAGGGGCAAAUGUCAAAAGAUAAAUUUUCCCCAGAGGAAAUUGCAGAGGCAACUACAGUUACAUUGCAGAGAACUGUACCUCCAAUUGUAGCAGGGAUAGCUUUCUUAUCAGGUGGUCAGUAUCAGGAUGAGGCAACAAUAAAUUUAAACGCAAUAAACAAAUUCGCAAAUCAAACAUCACUUUGCAAACCAUGGCCAUUGACGUUCUGCUACGGGAGAGCCCUGCAGACUUCUGUACUGCAAGUUUGGGGAGGUAACGAACACAAAGUUGUCCAAGCACAAGAGGAACUUAUGAUCAGAGCCAAGGCCAACGCAGAAGCAAGCCUGGGGCAAUACAUAAGAUCUUCACAAACGGAAGAUCAGCAAGGGGAGGAACCAGAGACAGUUGUCAACAAUUAGUUUGAAAUGUAUCAAGAAUCUAACAUUUUGACUAUCAAACUGUACCACCUUCAAAUUAUUUAAAAUAAAUUCAUUGAACU